AUGGUGCUGCUGGGGCCAUCGGUCAGCUCCGUAAGGCUGCUGCUGACAUUAUGUGAGGGUUACGCUGAGCAGCAUGGUCUCAGGUAUAACGCUACUAAAAGCGAGCUGGUAGUGUUCAAGGCCCGUAAAUACAACUCGGAAGCUGUCCCUGAGAUCAAGCUGUGUGGUGUACCUCUAAAGGUAGUAGAUAGGGUCAAAUAUCUUGGUCAUAUGCUCACCAGUAACCUGAGCGAUGACCCGGAUAUGGAGAGGGAGAGGAGAGCGAUGGCUGUACGGGGCAACAUGAUCGCCCGCAGAUUCGCACGUUGUAGUACCGGAGUCAAAUUGACGCUUUUCAAGGCCUACUGUCAGACGUUCUACACGUGUAGUCUGUGGGUGAGAUUUACACAGAGAGCCUACAACUCAAUUCGCGUGCAAUAUAACAACAUCCUCAGAAUGUUGUUGCGGCUGCCGAGACAUAACAGUGCAUCCAGAAUGUUUGCUGAGGCGCGUAUCGAUGACUUUUUCGCCAUCAGGAGAAAAAGAGUUGGAUCACUGCUGAAUCGUGUGCGGGGCAGCAGCAACGGCCUUCUGAGGGAGUUGGCAGAGCGCCUCGACUCUCCUCUCACUCGCUACUGGGUGGAGGUGGCGAUUGGCAGGGCCAAGUAG